CACCUCCGUAAUUGCACAACCAUCCUGGCCUGUAAGUCUGUCGCAUCACUCAGCUUCCUUUCGUCUCCAUUCGGUCUCCUCAUCCUUCCAUCGCCAAUCAUCAUCUUCACCAUAAAUCACACUCACACACAUACUCUCUGCGCAUGCACCACAGUGUGUACAAAGCAAGCCACGAUCACUCACGCUGCACUUGAACAAAGACCACAAGGACACCCCUCAUACAGUUCUCCAAGGAAGAAGGCAAGGACGUAGCAAACACAGCACUGACACGCCUUAUAGGUGAUGCCGAAUGAACUCUCCCCUAACACAUUCCUUUGCUUCUUCUUGACACCCUUCCAUUCUGUAGUUCCAUAGCCUGCAAACAGCG